AUGAAUAACGUUAAUGAUUUAAUUGAUCUUAUGGAUGUUAUUCGUGUUCAGUUGAUGUUUCUAUCUCAAAAGUCUACAACAUUGUUUGGAAAUGCGCUCAAGAUUCGUGGAGCGGCUACAGAUGUUGGUGAAAACGUACCAAAAUCAAUUCAUGUCGCUUUGGAUAUUGCCAAUGAUAACAUUCUGAUGGGGAGAAUGCGUGGUACUAUUGAUGUAAUAAAAAGAUUGAACGAUGUGAUGGAUUUGUUGAUAACAACAGUUAAAAAAAAGGAGAGAGAUGCUCAAAUUUUGCGGUUAAGAAUUGGGAAACGUAAACGACAUGAUGCUGAUGACGAUUAUUAUUAUAUUAUUAGCGAUAAUGAUGCUAAUGUGGCUGCGGCUCAUAAUAGAGCACAGAAAAAAUCUAGUAAUACAGUGAGGAAGGAUGGCAAAAAUUAGCUCUAUAAUUGUGAAACAUAAAUGAAGUCAUUCUGAUGAUUAUUAUGCAAUUACUGAUGACAAUGCUAAUGUAGCUGCAGCUGAUGAUAGAACAUAGAGCAUAGAGCAUAAAGCAACGGGAAUUCAACAAUAUAUACUUAUUCUUUGAAUAUUACUGUAGACACUGUGUUAGAAAGUUAAUAAAUAAAUAUACGUUAAACUUAUGUUACGAUUCACAUAUUUGAUAUUCGCUAAUGUAGCUGCAGCUGAUGAUAGAACAUAGAGCAUAGAGC